CAACUCACACUGCAGAGGGACCACAGCAGAGGACACCAACUCAUGAAAAGGACCCAGGCACCUAUGCGUAAAGAGCAGCCCGGAUGAUGUCUUUUGCGCGCCCGCUCUUCAAUGACAGAGUCUCCGCAGAGAAGAAGAGAUGGUCAGCGCUCCUGGACUUUGCCGUGUCCAUGACCUUAGGCUCGUCCCGUUUGUUUUAGUGCGGCUGAUGCUGCUCCUCCGCUUCUGCAACUCUUUCAAUCUGGACACAGAGCAGCGUGUAGUCUUCAGUGGACCUCCGGGAAGUUAUUUUGGUUAUUCGGUUGAGUUUUUCACCAAUGCAUCCAGUUUCAGUGUUUUGGUUGGAGCUCCAAAAGCCAACACCAGCCAGCCCCACGUCACUGAAGGAGGAGCCGUUUUCAUGUGUCCCUGGAGCAAGUCCAACUGCACAAUUAUCAGCUUUGACAAGCACGGUGAUCGUUACUUUCACAUAGAUGAAGAGUUAACUCAGGUUGAAUUCAAGUCUCAUCAAUGGUUUGGAGCUACCCUACGUUCCCAGGGAAACAACAUACUGGCCUGUGCUCCCAGAUAUUACUGGCGAACAGAACAAGAUAUUCCUUUUGCAGAUGUUACAGGGACAUGCUACCUCUCUGUCGACAGCCUCCGAUCCUUUGUGGAGUAUGCUCCCUGCAGAACAGAAAGACAUGGACCUGCUGGACAGGGCUAUUGUCAAGGGGGAUUUAGUGCAGAUUUUACCAAGAAUGGGAGGAUUGUGCUUGGAGGACCUGGCAGCUUUUACUGGCAAGGACAACUGAUCUCUGCCACCACUGAGGAAAUAGUUAAGGCCUAUUAUCCCUCUUACUUCCUGCUGUUUGUGAAUGGGCAGAAGCAAACUGGACAAGUUCAGAGCAGCUAUGACGACAGCUAUCUAGGAUACUCUGUGACGAGUGGGGAAUUCAGUGGCGAUAAUGAGGAAGAUUUUGUCACGGGGGUUCCCAAAGGACUCUUGUUGUACGGUCUAGUGUCUAUAUUAGAUGGAAAGGACCUGACAUACUUGGUGAACCUGACAGGAGAGCAGAUGGGCUCCUACUUCGGCUACGCAGUGGCAGUCACAGACAUCAACAGCGACGGUCUGGAUGACGUGGUUGUGGGGGCUCCGCUCUUCAUGUGUCGGGGGGCUAAUGGGCAGUUGGAAGAACUGGGUAAAGUCUAUGUGUAUCUACAAAAAGGCCCUCUCCAUCUCGAACCCAGCCGCACCAAUCCCGUCGGCUCUCAGGCCUUCAGCCGCUUUGGGACCUCUUUAGCUCCACUUGGUGAUCUGAACCAGGAUGGCUUCAAUGAUCUUGCAAUAGGCUGUCCAUUUGGAGGAGAAGACCAGCAAGGAUUAGUUUUUAUCUACAAUGGUCAUGAGGAAGGCUUGGAGGACACGCCCACACAAACUCUCUCAGGCCAAUGGGCAUCCAGGGCUUUUCCAGCUGGUUUUGGCUUCUCACUUCGUAGUAAUAAAGACGUGGAUCAAAAUGGCUACCCAGAUUUGCUUGUUGGUGCUUUUGGUGCAGAUAAAGCCGUGUUGUACAGAGCACGUCCCAUUGUGAACACCAACACUACUCUGAUAGUGCACCCGACCAUGUUCAACCCAGAAGAGAAAGCUUGCGUAUUGACGAGUGGCGACAAGAGUGUUCCAGUGUCAUGUGUGAGCAUCAGUUUCUGCCUGCUGGCUAAUGGGAAGCACCUCCCCUCUCGUCUAGGAUUUGUUGUUGAAAUUCAGCUGGACAAUGUGAAAUUGAACCAGAAGGAAUCAACCAGGAGGACUCUGUUUUUGGACAGUAAGCAGUCGAGUUUAAUGAAGAACUUCAGCCUGGAGACCAAUGGAGACAGCGUGUGCCACGAGUCAAAAAUCUACCUACUGAAUGAGGCAGACUUUCGAGACAAACUUUCUCCCAUUUACAUCAGCCUGAACUUCAGCCUGGAUCCUCACGCCCCAGUGGACGAGCAUGGGCUCACACCAAUCCUCAGCCACCACGCUCAUACGCUCGUACAGCAGCAGGCUCACAUUCAGCUGGACUGCGGCGAAGACAACAUCUGUGUCCCUGACCUGAAGCUGGCUGUUUACGGUGACAAGACCAUUGUGUACCUCGGGGAUGAAAACUCUUUGACCCUGAUCUUUAAUGCGGUGAAUGAAGGAGAGGGAGGAGCCUAUGAAGCGGAGCUGUAUGUGCUGCUACCUCCAGAUGCAGACUACAGUGGGAUCGCACGGAACAAUGACACACUGACUCAACUGACGUGCAGCUAUGAGGCCCAGAAUGACACGCGUUAUCUCUUGUGUGAUCUGGGAAACCCCAUGAAGUCAGGGAGCAAUAUAUGGGCUGGCCUUCGUUUCACUAUACCCAGAUUAAAGGACACUUAUAAAGUUGUGCAGUUUGAGCUACAAAUACGAAGCAAAAACGUAAACAAUUCUGAGAGUGAAGUGGUGGUGUAUGAGGUGGAGGUGGCUGCUCUGGCUGAUGUCCUGUUACAGGGUGUUACUCGUCCAGAUAAAGUCCUGUUUCCCCCGCCCAGCUGGAGGAUGAGUCAAGGACUGCGUGAGGAGCAGGAUGUGGGACCAGAGCUUCAGCAUGUCUUUGAGUUGGUGAACAAUGGCCCCAGUGUGAUCAGCCUGUCAUCUCUGGAGGUGAGAUGUCCCCUGAGGGCCCAGGGUCAUGGGCUGCUGUACCCUGUGGAGUUGGCCACAGAAGGGCCACUGACCUGUUCAUCCCAGCACACAUUCAAUGCACUGAAACUUAAGCUGCAGCCUCCAGCCACACAGGGGGCCACACAGCUCAUACCCAGCACAGAGCACCAUGUCCAGAGAAGAGAUGUUCACCCUUUAGUUGAACAUGGAAACUUGACUUGUAGCACAGUGGAGUGCUGGAAGCUGCAGUGUGCUGUGGGGAAGCUGGGGAGAGGAGACAGCGUCAUCCUCACUAUCCGCUCCAGAUUAUGGGCGGAAACCUUUGUAGAGAGAAUCUACAAACAAUACAUUCUGGAGUGCUCUGUACAUUAUAAGGUGGACAAGAUGCCUUACUCCAUUCCACAAUUAUUCUCGUCAUCAGCAUCAAAAAAGGUGGUUGCUGUUGUGUUGUGGAACAAGCCCGAUAGUAUCUACUUUGUCCCGGUGUGGAUCAUCAUCUUGUCAGUGCUGGUGGGGCUCUUGUUACUGAGUCUGCUAAUAUAUCUGCUCUACAAGAUGGGUUUCUUUAAGAGGUCUGAUCCCUAUGGUACAACCAUGGAGAAAGCUCAUCUCAAACCACAGGCAUCAUCUGAAGCCUAGAUCAACAGAAGAGCCCCUCACUGCAGCUGUUCUUCACAACUGGAAUUGUUCACACAUGAUUGGCAAGCUUAAAGAGUGACACGAUGGCUGCUUGAUCACUGGACUAUUCUCAACCUGGUGCUGCUCUCAACCGUCAGUGUUGCCAAAGAUACAAAAUCAAAAAGAUAUUUCUACCUUUCCAACUAAAGGCACUAAUUUAGACAUGUGUUUUGUAAGCAAUUGCCUCAGCCUCAGUAAAUAAUGCUUUAGUCAUUUGACAGCACUCCUUAUUUAUGGCACAGAGUCUUGUGUAUAUGUUGUGAAUGUUGUACUGUGCAAUGUCUAACUUGAAUCCUCUCCCAUAUUGGGAGGUCUGUAUUUUGUGCAUUGUAAAGUAUUGUAUUCAGUGUGUUAUGACUCAUUUGUGUUGUGACUGAGAUUAAAAGUAUUUUGUAUAACCACUUA